GAAUUCGGCGCCUUGCCAGCAUCUGGCCUUACUCAGGUUAACUUGUAGCAGCUUAGUAGCUGACGACGAGCUCGCUUGAUUUUGUUUUGUUGCUCCUGUUGCCUUUGAUCCGAUUUUGUCCCCUCAACUUGUCACUGAGGCUCCAGUCACGGUGACGUGAUGGAUUCUGAGAGGAGAGGCCUCCUAAAAUUUUCAGAUUCGAAGUCCUCUCUUCAAUCCUACAACCAUGACUACGACGGUCGGAUUCUUGUCGCUUCCUACAGAGCUCAUAUGUCACAUUCUAAUCCUCCUUAACCCCAGGGACAUUAGUCGCUGUGCAAUGACUUGCAAUAUCUUUUGGCUUGCGGUCCGGAAUUCUGUCUACAUUCAAUAUAAGCUUGAAAUCUAUGCUCAAGGCUUGAUUAGUACCGGGACCGCUGCCAUGGAUUCAACCGGCGUUUCCAGCAAGACUCUGUGUUCACUCAAGAAAUUGGCAACUUUGUGGCGAUCCGACUUCCAUGCGACCACUACCUUUGAAACAGUGGUCACUGCUGCUGCCACAUGGGGGCGCAUGUUACCGAUCCAAGAUGUGAAAUGUGGGCUUUGGUGGACACGCUCACUGGACGAACAUAAAUUCUACAUUCAGAGUUGUGGCACGAAUCUUACACUCUCCCGGACGUGGUCUAUCGGCGAUGGUGUCCAGGGCUUUCUUACUACCUUCGACCCUCUGCAGGAUCUUAUGGUUGUGUGUUCUGAGCAUCAUCAUUAUGUCGCUGUGACCGAUGCGGAACAAGAUUACCCUGUCUGUCGGGUGGAGUUCCGACUGGCUUCAUCCCAGCGUCCACAUCCGAGUGCCGAGUGCACUUCCUUGGAGUGCAACCAUACCUUUGAUGCACUUCCUGGCUAUCACCAUACUGCUUUGUCGCCACCUGUAAUCUGUGGUGAUCACGUAUUUAUCCUCUAUUACAUAGAGGUCAUUAGUUGCUGCGAUUCUGAGCCUGUGCCCGGCAUGUUCAUACAAGUGAUCAAUUGGAGGAAGGGAUAUGUAAAUAGGCAUUUUUUAUGUCACCUGGAUUUCUGCAAGUUAGAUCUGUUAUAUCCAGUUGAUGAACAGAAGUUUGUCAUCAUUGGCCCAAAAUCGAUAUACUUGUACACGUUACAAGGGCUCGAUGGGCCGCCUCAGUGCCGAAUCAUAUAUCACCUUCCCAAGAUCCUCCAUCUAUCAUUACACAACUCGUGCAUCAGGGUUCAUGGCCACCCGUCACUGCAUGGCAAAGCAGCACGCCCAGGACUCAUGCCGAGCUAUGUACCCUCCCUGGAGUCACAGAUUAUGGUUUUAGAGUCUCCUUCCAAAGCGGGGAAAGCUAUCCUAGUCAUCGAUAUGGCCAUCUUCUCUGACACGGCCCUGCGCUCAGAUCUGCUCGUCAAGAUUCCCUGGUCAGAUUGGGGACCUCAGUAUGCGUCCUACUUUCCACACCACAAAAGCUACCAUAUCAGCGUGUUUGGCAGCAAAAUGGCCUAUGCCCUUCCCCGAGAUCAUAUUCCUAAUCCUGGUCAAAGACUGCAAAGGCUCUCCCGUAAGGGUUACUUCUAUGUGCAUAUCUGGGACUUCAACAAGCGAGUCGUUGCUCAUUCGGAAAGUGUCAACGAUCCUGACUCACCGGAUCUUCGCAUUUGCAAGUCGGGUCAGAUGAUUGACUCCUUUGGUAAAGACAUGUUCUCGAAUCGUGCAUACAUCGCAACGGUCUGUCGUACGCCAUUUCCGACAGCUGGCUCCAGGAUAUUCUUGGAACAGGAUCGGCUUACUGUGACAUGGGUAUGUGUUCUUCGUUUAAACACAGGAACGGUCUGAUGUGACCACAUUGUAGACUCGGCAUCGUGAUAUUAGUAUCCAGGUCAUUUCCCCCAUCCAGACAGAUGUUGGCCUGGAAAUUACAGAAUAGAUAGUUUGGAGUAAAACAGCUGGGACUCAGCGACGCCGAUGUAGUUUUAUUAUGAGCAAUAUGCAUUGUGUUGGCAAGCAAAAUAGUAAAUAUGUUUUCGCAG